GGAGGUAACCGCCUACCUGGGGAACUCGCGUCAGGUGCGGCUGGAGCAACUCGAGAUGCGAGGUGGGCGGGGGCAGGCUGAAAGUUGGGGCAAGCAGGAAGUGAACCGAGGGCUGCCCCGGGAGGAAACAGACUAAGUCAGUUCUACUGCCGUCAGGCCCCAGCCACUCGGAGACAUGGAGGAGGCCAGUGGAGGCGGAGAAAAUGAUCGCGUGCGGAAUCUGCAGAGUGAGGUGGAGGGAGUCAAGAAUAUCAUGACCCAGAAUGUGGAGCGGAUCCUGGCUCGAGGAGAAAAUUUGGAUCACCUCCGCAACAAGACAGAGGAUCUGGAAGCCACAGCAGGGAAGGAGUUGGAGCGGUGCCAGCAGCAGGCAGACGAGGUGACGGAAAUCAUGCUCAACAACUUCGACAAGGUCCUGGAGCGCGAUGGGAAGCUGGCAGAGCUGGAGCAGCGUUCAGACCAACUCCUGGAUAUGAGCUCAGCCUUCAGCAAGACAACCAAGACCUUGGCCCAGAAGAAGCGCUGGGAGAACACCCGUUGUUGGAUCUACUUGGGGCUGGUGGUGGGAGGUGGCCUGCUCAUCAUCCUGAUAGUGCUGCUGGCCAUCUUUCUCCCACAGAGCAGUGUGGACAGUAGUGCUCCACAGGCCCAGGAUGCAGGCACUGCCUCAGGGCCAGGAGACUGACCCAGCUGGGCCUGGGGGAGAGGUCGAAUGGCUGCACUGGCCAAUUCUGGUCUCCAGAGAACCUUGGCACUUGCUCCUGUCUCAGCCAUCACAGUGAGCGUGGAAGAGCAGCCCUGAUGUGUGUACCCCUGCAUCUCCCAUCAUGCCACAGACUGGCCUUCGAGGGCAACCUGCUGCACUGGCCAUGCCAGGCCAGUCCCACCUGGAGCUCAGUAAAAGCUGCUGUUUGGUUAAAAA